GACGUCUCACAUCCAGAGCGGUGGGAGUCCUACGUAUCCAGAAUGGAGAACUACUUCAAGGCAAAUCAAGUGAGGGAAGAUAGCUUGAAGGCGGCCACCCUGCUUUGCGUUUGCGGCCAAGACGCCUUCGAAAUCGCAGAAAAUCUUGUAGCACCUGUUCCAGUAGAGUCUGUAAGCUACGCAGACCUGAAGAAGCUGCUGAAAGAGCACUUCCACCCCAAGGUGUCCGUUAUCUCAUGGCGCCACACCUUCGAGCAGAGGGAUCAACGGUCCGGUGAAACAGCCAAGGAAUACAUCGCCGCGCUACGGAAGGCCGCCAAGCCCUGCGAGUUCAAGGACCUCGAGGAACGACUGAGGGACCGAUUCGUGUGCGGGCUAAGGCAUCGAGAGCUACAACAGAGACUUUUUGCCAAGGAAGAAUUAUCCCUGCUUUGGGGAAACAGAGUUGUCAUUCCCACCUCAAUGAGGACUAGGGUCUUAGAAUCCCUCCACGAGGGUCAUCCUGGCAUUGUUCGUAUGAAGGCUCUUGCACGAAGCCACUUGUGGUGGCCUGGUUUAGAUAAAGAUAUUGAGGCUAAGGUGCACGCAUGCCACCUGUGCCAACGAUCUCGCCCAGAGAUGCCCCAAGCUCCUGUGCAUAGAUGGGAGGAAACACAGUCCCCAUGGUCUAGGGUGCACAUUGACUACGCUGGGCCCUUUCAGGGCCAGUUCUUCUUGGUCCUUGUUGACAGCCAUUCAAAAUGGCUUGAGGUUGUGCCUGUCUCAUCCACCACCACUGCAAAGACUAUUCAGGUACUGAGGGGGAUUUUUGCUGCACACGGGCUGCCAGAUGUCAUUGUGUCCGACAACGGCCCUCAAUUCACCUCCUCCGAAUUCCAAGCUUUCUUACAGGCAAACCUGAUUCGUCAUGCCACGUUGGCUGACUUUCUCCUUUCUUAUCGCACCACACCGUCCACUUCUACAGGGAGAAGUCCAGCUGAACUUCGUUGGGGGCGCCAACUUACUACUAGACUUGACCGGUUGCAUCCGGACAGACUGCCUUCAUCUACCUCACAUCCUAGGGCACCUAGACAACUACUUGUGGGUGCCCCGGUUUGGGCUCGCAAUUACGGGCCUGGUCAUACAUGGGUCCCCGCUUCUGUGUCCAGGAUCACAGGUCCUCUCUCCUACGAGGUUGCCCUGGACAACGGUCGUGUCCUGCGUCGGCACAUCGACCAA